AUGACGCCUCAAACCCAUUCCUCACCUGUUACAAAUGCAGACUCAGACUGCAGCCAUCUUCCCUCCUAUGAUGCUAUCUCGGAGAAAGUUCCAUCCUAUUCCAGCACUGAAGCCAACGCCAACAUCAGCACAGAAUCUCAAGCAGACGGCCUAGCAGCUUUGACCGCGGCACAAAUUCAGCAGAAACCAAACAUUGCACGUCGGGGCCGUUACAAUGAGGACAUCGAAGCUCAAAAUGCUCUCUCGAAACAGGAACGAGUUCAAUCCCAACAACAACCCAACGACCACUCCCAGAACGAGAACCUGAACAUCCUAGAACGAGCAGCUCGACUACGCGCUACUUCACAAAACACUCUCGUCGCAGAAGAGCAGCCUUGCCAGCAAAGGUGCCAACAACAUUGCAUCAACCACGCCAGAAACCACCCAACCCGGCCCAUCCCUCAAUCCCAACUAACCCUAAAUCCAAAAUUCACGAAAGCCCUCUACCGAGCCCGCUGGCUCGUAGCCGUCUGGUUCCCCAUCUCCAUCUUCCACGUCUACCUCAUCUGCGACACUUUACUCCACGCCUCCCGUGACCCCCUCUGGCUCGAAUUCCAAAACACCUUCUGGCAAAACUGGAUUCGCAUGGCUGAGGUGGUUCAGUACGUACAAUUACCAAUAGGAAGUCUGUCAGUUCUAUGUGUUCCUGUAGUAGUUGGCAGGGUUGAGUGGUUUGAGGACAAGCCAUUUUAUAGGGGUGUGGUUAGGGGUGUUACGCCUGUUGGUGCGGUGCUGGGGAUUAUGUGUGCGCUGAUACAUUUUGGGGUUGCGGGGCUUCAGGCAAUGGAGUAUUAG